AGUUGACAACAUGGAGGAACGUAGGUUGGGAGACUUCUUGACUUGAUGUUUAUCUUGCAUAUGGAGCAGCUCAGAUAAUUUUAUGUUGUAAAACAUGAGAUAUGCACAGCUUGUCAUGGGACCCGCUGGAAGCGGAAAGUCCACUUACUGUUCUGCAAUACUCCAACAUUGUGAAAACGUACAACGUACAGUUCAUGUGGUCAAUCUUGAUCCUGCUGCUGAGCACUUUGACUAUCCUGUUCUUGCAGAUGUACGGGAGCUAGUUGAGUUAGAGGAUGUUAUGGAAGCUGAUGAUUUGCGACUUGGGCCAAAUGGAGGACUUGUUUUCUGUAUGGAGUACUUGGUACAGAAUUUUGACUGGUUAGAAGAAAAACUGGGAGAUGUUGAUGAUGAUUAUGUCCUGUUUGAUUGUCCAGGCCAAAUAGAACUUUACACUCACAUGCCUGUGAUGAGACAAUUGGUCCAGACAUUAAACCAAUGGGAUUUCAGAGUGUGUGGGGUUUUCCUGAUUGAUUCUCAGUUUCUGGUGGAUUGUAGCAAGUUCUUUGCUGGAAUUCUUACUGCACUGUCAGCAAUGAUUCAAUUGGAGAUUCCUCACAUUAAUGUUAUGAGUAAGAUGGAUUUGCUCAGCAAGAAGCAAAUGAAACAAGUUGAUAGAUUUUUGGACCCAGAUCCACAAGACCUUGUAGGAGACCUUGAAUCAAGCUCAAACAAGAGGUUUAAGAAGCUUAAUAAAGCACUGGCACAACUGAUUGAUGAUUACAGUAUGGUGUCAUUUGUGCCUCUAAACCUCUGUGACGAAGAUUCUAUCAUGAAUGUGCUUAUUCAGAUUGAUAAUGCAAUACAGUAUGGGGAAGAUUUAGAUGUUCGUGAAAUGAAGGAUGAUGAGCAAGAUGAUGAUGCUAUUGGUACAAAUGAUGACAGCUGACCUGAAAUUUACCUGGAAACACUGCAUAAUGUGAGCAACGAUAGUGCAUCAAUUGCCUAACAGGCUGUUUGUGACUGAAGUUGCAAUCAAAUUUAGUGAGAGUUUCAUUGAAGUUCUGUGGAAAAAGAACAGUCUGACUGUACUCUGGAGAAAUUAAAGGCAGAGGUUGGGUGGAAUCCUGCAAAGGUGCACUGCACAUUAAAUAUGAUCUUCACAAGCUUGGUGUUACAUGAUAUGUUCAGUUGUUCACUAGAUUACUUUGUAUGCUGGUAAGAACAAAGUUCACAAAGACCUGUGUGUAAUGGUAACUUAUGCAAGGAAGAGAAAAGACAAAUAAAAUAAAGAAAGCAAAUGAAUCCUUUGUUUCUCUCUUAAUUUUUUUUUCUACAGAAAUUUAUCAGGGAGGCACUGUUCUUGCUUUUGCUAGCUCUUGUACAAAAAUAUUUGAUGAGGGCUACUGAGAAGAGUGAUGGAAUAAAAAAAGAUUUUUUUGUACAA